GUGAGCACCCGCUAGCGUAUUCGCGCUGUGGAACGAAUGUUUUCUCAAAGUCACGCCGAUACACACUACUUGACAUAGGUCGAGUACGCGCCGUUCUAAUGCUCAACUGUCGCGCCUGCCUUUGGCAAUGCGUUCAACCCUUCGAUCGCCCUGCUCAUCUCCAACGCCUUCGGCACAAUGUAAAUCCACUUCUACGCCAGAGUCAACAACGGCUCCAGAGCACCGACGUCCGCAAAACCAGCACACGCCCUCACUAUCUUACCAAAGUCGAAAAGCUGUCGAACAGCAGAAAUGAACCAUGGCAGAACUCAGCGGUUGCAGAGAACCAGAAGAAGCGCGAGAGAGCAGCAAUGCGGCAGUCGUCAUCUGCAGAUGUCAUUGCCUCUGUAGAGCGGCGAGAAACGCCGAACCUUAUGAAGCUGGGUAAGAGAGACACAAGAAUGUCAGAAACCGAUUGGAACAGGAGGAAGCGGGAGUUGCGGUUCCUACAAGACCCGCUGGACCUGGCGCAGUUCGUACAGGCCGAGUUGAGGAAGGAGAGGGUCGAGGAGAUGAAGCAGCUGGUGCGGAUGGCGAGUCAUUCCAUGCCAUGUGUGGUCAGCUGGAACCACAUCAUCGAUCACUACCUGGCCAAGUCAAAGGUUGGCGACGCGCUGAAAGUAUACAACGACAUGAAGAAGCGCGCACAAUUUCCUGAUUCGUACACGUACACAAUCCUCCUGCGAGGACUUUCGAUCAAUGCACAAACUUCAGGUGUGCUCGAGAGGGCACUCUCCGUAUACCACUCCCUCUACGCUCCGAAUUCUCGAGUCGCACCGUCGAUUAUACACACGAACGCUGCGCUGCGAGUGUGCGCUCGAGCGCUGGAUAUGGAUGCGCUAUGGGGCAUAGCCGCGAAGAUACCCGAAAAGGGUCCUGCUGCAGCGAACGCAACAACCUACAACACCAUAAUCAACGCGAUCCGCCAAACCAUGUUGCUUAACCGACCGAGCGGCGAGUCUGUAGAGGAAGCGGCGGCGAGGAAGGAGCGCAGCAUCACGGAAGCAAGGAGGCUUUGGGAGGACAUUGCAGGUAAAUGGAGGGAAGCUGAUCUCGUCAUUGAUGAGGAGCUGGUGUGCUCAAUGGGCAGACUUUUGCUGCUGGGAGCUCGACCACGAGACUGGGACGAUGUACUAUCCUUGAUCGAGCAAACCAUGGAUAUACCGCGACUCGUGCCUCGAUUGGGUACGCCAGAACGGAAGGAAGCUGGCUUCCCUCAACUGCGCGCACCAAACGUACCGGACGACUACAAGUUUGAUGAUGAUCAUCUGGCACCUGGACAACCCGAGACGCGAGGACAGGAGUUCCUGCCUUUCACAGGCAGCCUCGCGAAACACCUGGCUUUUGUCAAGCCCGACAACAAUACGUUGUCACUGAUUCAGGAAGCAUGUCUGAAGAUUGCCGCACCUAGAGCUGCGCAAAAAUACUGGGAUAUGCUAUCUGAUCAGUACAACAUCACACCGGACGUCAACAACCUCAACCAUCAACUACGUAAUCUGCGGCAGAAUCGCGCAUCAGCUGCGGCAGUCGAGCUUUUGCAAAAGGAUCUGAUGGACAAGGGUGUCAAGCCGCCUCCGGGGACAUUCAGGAUUGCCAUGAGUACCUGUGUGCGCGACAAGAAUAAUCACAACUCGUUCAAACACGGCAGUCAAAUCCUCCACUUCAUGAAUGAAGUCUACCCGGAUGUGGAUGCGAAGACCGUGGGCAUGUACGCUGACCUGGCGAAUACAUUCCCGUUGGCAAAGGGCCAAGAUCUCAUCGAUGCGCUCACGAAUCUCUACCCAAUCGUAAAGAACUUGCGCAUUCAGAUGGGUAUUGCUACAGAGGGGGUUUUUGGUACAGAGAAGCCGAAGCGACGCGCCCCUUACCUGACAGGCGAAGCGCGACAGGACGCUCUCGCCGCGAUCAGAAAGGUGUACGGCGUCUACGACCGACUUCUGAUGUCGAAUUUGAUUGCAGAAGAGCAGAAGCGGGACUUCAAAAAGGAGAGAGCUAGUCUGUCUGCAUUCAUCUUGAAGGAGACUGAGAAACAUCAUGACAGGAAGAUCGAGAAGAAGAUGCAGGAUCUCGACCGGCACGAGAAAGAGUCUUCAGAUGAGUUCGAUCAGCAUAGCUAUUUGGCUGACGAAGCGGAGAAAGGAGAGGAGCAAGCUGCUCCAGAGGGGAGCAACGAGAAGCGUACUUGGCGCGAUCAUGCUUCGGACGACAGCAGAGGCAGUUGGCGAACGAGGAACGCGCAGCCUGCAGACCAGAGAAAGCCAUGGAGCAAUCGUCUAUACUCGUCUCCCUACAACUGAGACGGACAGCGCGUGUGCCGCGAGACCAGUGGGCAUUACAUGUCGUGGCAUAUAAAUGUACCAUAUCCUAGGAUAUGCAGAUGAACGACCAAUAGAUGAAGUAACUUAAUG